AAAAGUAAGAAUCGAAAAGAAAGGGAAAGGGAAAACAAAAACCCCCGGCUCUCGGGCGGUACAAAUAUCACCCCUCUUCCCUCCCUGUUGAAUUUCUCGCACAUCCAACCAAAACCCCAAUCUCCGUUGCUCACAAUCAUUGUGUUCUUCCACCUCCUCUGCUUAUUCUUUCAAAUUAAGGCGUGAUUCAUUGAAUUUCCGUUCACAUUGCAUAUACAGGUAUAGCGAGAGAGAGACGCUGAAAGAGUAAGGCGUUGUUGGGGGAUUUGAAUUGAAUUGAGGAUGACAGAGGUGAUCCUCCAUGUGUACGACGUGACCAACAGUGCCAACGACAAAACAAACAACACUAUUUUGCAGAUCAACAAGAUCUUCAAAGACGGAAUUGGUCUAGGCGGUAUCUUCCACAGCGCCGUUCAGGUUUAUGGAGAAGAUGAAUGGUCCUUUGGGUUCUGUGAACAUGGUACUGGCGUGUUUAGCUGUCCUGCAACAACGAAUCCAAUGUAUACAUACCGCGAAACUAUAAAACUUGGAAAAACAUCCUUCUCUAUCUACAAGGUCAAUCAGAUCCUUAGAGAACUCAGUAGAGAGUGGCCUGGACAGUCAUAUGAUUUGCUAUCAAAGAACUGCAAUCACUUCUGCGAUGAGUUUUGUGAAAGACUUGGCGUGCAAAAGCUUCCUGGAUGGGUUAACAGGCUUGCUCACGCUGGAGACGCUGCUGUUGAAAUAGCUGGAAACACGGCCUAUCGAUUUAGGCAAGCAAAAUCCGAGAUUGUAAGUGCCAGCAAAGUAGCCUACCGUUUUUUGGCUGGAGUUGCAUCGAGCAAUUCGGUUGUUGGUCCCGAGUCUCCUGGAAACUCCGGUAGAGGAAAUCCUAGAUUCCAAGGUACGUGGUUCAAGAACCUUAUCUCAACCGGUGCAAAGCCAUCUGCGAGUUCAGAAAUGGAAAAACGGGAUGAAGUGGUGGUCAAGCAAGCCGGCCUCACCUUCAACUGACACUGUCACACCUGCUUUGCUAUUCGAUCUGCUGUACAUUCAAUUGAGAAUUUCCUGUGUUUCAAGUUUCAACAUUAUAUCGGACUGUUAAGUGCCUUCGUUAUUACUUACUACUAUUCAAUUUGCAUAUUUCAAAUUUAAUUUCGGUCAAAAUACACCUUCCAUGCUCA